UGAGAAAAACCUUAAAAGACUUUGAAUCUGUAUAUGAGUAAGAAAAAUAAUUAUAGAAUGUUUGAAAGUACCGAGAGAUGGGAAUCUCAUACUUUUGUCAAAGAUAUAUAAAAAAUGUGACCUCCAUUCCAUCCUUUUUGCUGCGCAGUGCUUAAAGCCCAUAUCUCUUGCUUUUAUAAAAGGGUCAGGGCUGCAGAGAUACGCAAAACUUAUCCCGAAUCCAUGCAUCAGCAGGGGAAACCAUGACAAAGAACUGCAUAUAAACAAACGCUGUUGUACGGAGAGUACAGGUGGAGUUCAAAUUUAGAUAGAAUUUAAUUCAAGAAAGCGGAGCAUUAAAGUCAAUUAAGAUUUCAGCUCAUCAAAUCUACAAUGAUUAUUUUGAUGAUUGGGGGUGUGGAGGACUAGAAAAAUGUGAUCAUGGCUUGGCUCAUCUAACAUCAAAGGCCAAAUUUAUGUGACCUCCACAGCAGAGUCGCCAAUUAUAAGGUAAUUAAUGUUAUAUGGUUGGAUGAUUAUAAUCUUCGACUCAAAAUCCACCAUCGUUAUUGGACUUUUCAACCCCAUUUCAGGCACAUAUAUAUACAUAUAUAGUACACACACAUAUUUAAGCAUUUGUCUGUAUGUUUUAAUCAACCAACUUGAUUAUUCCACUCGAAUAUGUUAAAGAACACGGUAAUAUAUAUCUAUAUCUAUAUCCAUAUACAUGACAUGACACAGAGAUAACUCUUUUUUCUUUUUGUGUCUUAAAGUGAUGUACAUAUAAUUUACAAUAUCCAUUACCACGUAUUUUACAAGUAAGUGGGAUCGCACUAUGCCCAAGAAGCUUAUCCCAUCCUUCUUUCAUUCAUAUCUUAUCUUUUUUCCUCUCCCAACUUGUGGGGUCUUAACUUCGAGAACUUGGAAAGAUCAUCAAUCAUCAAAAAGCCUGUCUCAAAGAGAAAAAUAAAAAAUAUAUUUAUGUAAUAAUAUUAUAUAAUAUGAUAAUUAUGUACAUAUAUAUAAAUCACUCAAGGAUGCAUGUUCGUACAGUUUCGUAUCAAGAUUCAUUACUAGGGUACUGCACGGUAAUAUAAAAGGCGCAGCUCAAAAAAUAGAAAGAAAAAGAUAAAGAAAAAGAAAAAAAUCAUUGCUCAUAAGCUUCUCUCCCCACUCUUAAUUAGCUACCCAUCACGUCAACCAUUUAAUGUGCCCCAAACACACCCAUUCCUCACUUAUAUAUACCCUUUCACUUUUCUUCUUACUGCCCCAUCUCUUCUUUUCUCUCUCUCUCUCUUUGUCUAAAGAAAAUUCCCUAAACAUGAAAAAUAUGAAGGGGAAGUUUCUAAAGGAAUGCAUUAACAAAUGGCGGAACAUGGGCAGUAGAGUCACACCCUGUUCAGGCUGCGAGUACUGCUGCCAUUGUCAAUGGGCUUUCUGGCCCUCCAUGCACGAAGACAAUUCCAUUCCAAAAGAUGUCCCAAAGGGUCACUUAGUUGUGUAUGUGGGUGAGAAAUCCAAGAGGUUUGUGAUCAAGAUCAGCUUACUCAAUCACCCACUUUUUCAGGCGCUGCUGGACCAAGCUCGAGAAGAAUACGAUUUCAAUGCCCACUCUAAACUCUGUAUUCCAUGCGAUGAGAACCUUUUCCUCGAUGUUGUUCGCUGUGCAAGCCAUCCUAGAGGGUAGAACCAGAAGGGUUUCUCUCUUUCUCUGUUUAUCAGAGAAUUCACUGACAGAGAAGUUUGAGACAUUUUUGAUUGAUUUUCCAGGAUCCAUGAGAAGAGAAUGCUGAUGAUAUUGUAACCAUUGCAUGCAUAUUGUGUAGAGUUCGUAAAAGACUAAUUAUGUCCUCUAGACUCUAGCUCACGUCAAAUUCAAGAAUAGUAGAUUCUGUUUUGCUUCUAAAUAAUCAAAAGCUCUAGGAACACAAAGAGCUAAUUUAAUAUAAUAAUACCCAUUUCUGCACUAAUUUUAUUACCCCAAAUAAGAUUAAGGGUAAAAAAAUUUAAGCUCGAUUAUGGCGGUAGACCAAACUCUAGAUUGAUCUGACAAUAGCUCUUGACAGUUUUUGAUUGGUCAAAUCAUUCUGUUCCAUGUGCAAGAGCGUAUGUUGUGUGUGUUUAUAUAUAUUUUACCAAGAGCAACGUUUACAGUGAAUUAAUCGGAAACAUCAAAUCAAAGCAGUAAAACCAAUUAGAAUAUGGAAAGUGGGGCUUUGAAUCCCAUUUUUGUAAGCAUUUGGUGAACUGGUGUACGGCGCAUGAAUUGGUGAGACUGCACUGCCAUAGCGAGCUUCGCUUGGAGAACCAAGAAGCUACUCAAUUAUAGCGAAUGAGGGCGAUAAACUAUGCUGGGUAUGGGUCUUUUCAAUUUUUUAUAAUUUCUUUCUCAGAGGAGAAGUGAAGUUUAUUAUGUACAGUCAAGCGUGUUUCAGAAUUUGAGAUUUCUCUUAGACCAGUAAACAUUACACAACUGACAAAACUGCACAAAGGAUCACAAUGCUGACCUGUAUUUGCAGAGGCCCCUGCUUGCGGCUAACAAAGGAACCAACCAAUUGCAAUUGCUUGCUCAGUAGUUUUCUACGAGCUAAAAUAUAUUUUCCAGGCUUCUUUGGUAUCAAUCGAGCAUAAACAUGUUUUCACACGUAAUCAAUUAGGAACUUUGCUAAUUAACAUAUCAACAAGGAAAUCAAUGUCAACAGAGCACAAAAAUAAUCAAUCUAAUAUACAUAAUUUUCUUUGGAGUUGCAUCCUUGACCAAAACAACCAAUUAAUUUUCUUUGGACUACAAUCGGCAGUCCAAACGAACCAAUCUUGCUACGUUAUGAGGAUUGGGAAGGAAUUAGCUGUUUUUCUCAAAGAACAGGAGUUGGGGGAACCCUUUUUCGAGUUAGGAACGACUGCAUACCUCAAAUAUGACCAAAAGCUUAACCAUUUAUGCUGUUAGUCUAUAAAAGCCUGUGUUUAAAAUACUUAAAAGUCUAUAAAAGCCUGUGUUAAAAAUACUUAACAAAAGAUACUUGGAAACAAACUUUUUUCGUUAUUUUUGGCCCCCGCGGGCCCCCGGGCCGGGGGGGGGGGGGGGGGGGGGCACGCGCGGCGGUGAGUGAGAGUUGUAUAUACAUGCCCCAAAUUUACACAUGAACUUAAAGUGUGCACAAAUAACAUAUCAGUUCCGGAAAGUUAUUGCAUAGCAAUCAGAGCAGAAAACUUGUUAUACACUAGGCAUCAUAGCUAUAUGCCCCCAAUGUUUUUAGCAGGGUCACACAAACAAGGCAAUAACAAAUCUUGGGAAAAAGCAACAUAAAAACCACGAACUGGAAAACUGAGUAUUAGCAUUAAAUAUGAUAUUCAAGUCAGCACAGUUCUAGAAUUAGUGAAACAGAGUUCCUAGUACCAGCUCUGCGAGCAAUUUACGUUUAAACUGGGAAGGGAUGGCUCCAAAGUUUCCUUUCUAUGGAUCAUGUAAGACAAUUGAACAAACUUUCCUUCCAUCAAUGGAAUAUACCAGAUCCAAUGAUAGACUGUCAUAUAGAGGAUACAAUCACUUCUCAAAAACUUCUUAUAACAUAAUGUCUAAUGCAAAUCAACUAAAUUUCAACAGGAAUCUUCUAAUGCAAAUUAACUAAAUUUCAGCAGGAAUCUUUUACUUUCUGCUCAUCGCCCACAAAAAGGUUUUGUGGGACUCGAUUACUAACUCUGGAAUGUUCAUCACUCAGGAAGGACCUUAUUGAAAACUAAUUUUCAGUCGAGCAUCUUAGCUUCUACUAGCUAGAAAACAGAGCCUAUUUAGAAUAGCUUCAGAACAAUACUCCUUCAAAAGGGAAAACAGAAAGAAAAUAUAGAGAAAUACAGAAAUCAAUGGUCCAACACCCUAAAUCAUAUAACAAAGAUUAAAACAAUAAAUAUUUGGGCUGCUUAGCCCACUAUACUACAUAAGCUUGCUCAUUAUCGCUUCACCCAGCAGGCUGAAUUGGUUAAAAUUUGUUCGAGGAACAAAUGUUCAAUUGGUUGUAUGAUAAAACAGAUCAAAACGUAUAGAAAAUACUCUUAAGUCUUAACCAUAAAUCCAGCAUUUUUAAUAACCCAUUUUCCAAAUCUGGGGAGAGGAACAAUGUUAACAAAAUGGCCAGUCCUUAAUCAUCCAUAACUAAAAGACCAGAUUUUCUGCGUUAAAAAAUGAAAUAGAUUAUCAAUUAAUAGAUGAUUCUGGUGAUAGAAUCUGCACAAAAACCACUUUACCAAAGAAAUCCAAGUCCAGACACUGGCAAUCCCAACAUCGCCAUUUAAUCUUUCCAAGGUCAAUUUUUUCUCCUCCAAACUACGGCCAAGGUGUGUUAUCCAAAACUUUCACAAAAUUUUCAAUUCCUCCGUUUCUAAAUUUGAAUCCAUAUAUUGGCAAGUUGAAUAUUAAUUUUAUCAAAUUGUCUCUAAAUUUUAAGUAUAUUACCAUCUUGUCUAAGAAACAGCACAACUUAAGUCACCUAUAAUUCAACUCAUGUUUCACAUUACAAUAAGUUUCAGAACACAAAAUUCUCGUGCAAAAUCCCAGAUUACAAACCAGCCUAAUAUUCAAUGCAGAAUCAAGUGAAAACACAUCAAGUUUCUGAUAAAAUUUUCUCAUUCACUUCCAUUAACUGCAAGAGGAACAUUAUACAGUUAGAAAAACAAAAGCGUCUAACAUUGAAUCCAGUAAAAAAGAAGGUCCUGCAUAAACUCAAAUGACCAUGAGGAUGAAAACUCUAAGGCACACCAAUGCAAGUAACUUCCUAGAAUGACCAUUCUGAAUUUCUUACAGUUAUCAGCACCAAAAGAACAUGUUUUGCAGGGAAUCAAAACAAUGCUUGCAACAUAAUAUACACACGACAGGAUUCUCGUGCAGAAAUCAGAAUAUACACAAGUAGUAUAUUGCCUCGUGAUAAAAA